AUGAAGGAUUCUACAGACACCACUGCGUUACUUUAUGAACCAUGGCUUACAGGCUACGAGGCCAGCCGUCACCAAUCAUCAAUUGACAAGCUCGCAUACGACGUGGUUAAGUUGAAAUACAACGUCGACACCGCCACUACUCAAUUGGGUACCCUCGAGAAGAAUACGAGAAUGGUGGGACUUCAAAGCUCCUAUGAGAGUGGUGGAAUCAGAUUUCUCACAUGGCAUCCGGGACAAGUCGAUGGAAAGGUUGAUAAGGUGACGAAAACCAUUGAUACAAUUACAGGAAGUGUUGACAAGUUGGACAGUAAAAAUGAGACCGUCUCCACCAAAUUUGAUCCCUUUACCGUCAAAAUUGGAACCCUUGCCAGUGAUAUUGAUACCACACAAUCCACGUUGGAGCUGCUUGUACUUCGCCUUGAUCAAGUAUCGUCAGUUAAAGAGGCCAAGGCGGUCGAGAAGGCGACAGCACCACCAGCCAAGCCACAGUCACAGCGACCAAGUCAUCCCCGAAAACCAUUUCCUAAAGAAGAACCUGAAGAAUUGUCUUUUUUGGGCAGCAAUCUCGAAGCAAAGAUUAAAUCUGGCGACUUGAGUGACUAUGAUCAGGAGAGUAAGCGGAAAAUUUACGAUAAGAUCAACAGUUCCAAGCCGAAACGAACCACCGGCAACGCCCCCGAAUGGGCUAGCUGGUUCUACGCGUACAAGGAUCUUCUCACCGACAAUGAGUAUUGUAAUAUGAGAUACAACAUCGCCUGGUAUUUCCUAAAAAAAGCUAUCCCCGUACAGUAUACGCUUGGGUGGAAGGCGAAGGGGCCGAUUUCGAAGCAGGCGGCCGCUUUGGAGAGACACCUCAACCAAUACGACGAGGAUAAGGAAGAAUGGAAUGACCACCACUAUAAAAUUACCUUGGAUCUUUUCGAGAGCCAAAGGGAUUUGAGUGCCACCAAACGAUACAUCAAAAAACUCUAUCAGGAUUAUGGAUAUCGUGAUAAGUACUUUCUCUACAAGAAGAUGAUGAGAUUGUGUUCUGAGCCAACCCUCCUCAGAGGCACUCGCAAUGUCAACGUGGAGGUCAAAUGGGGCGUUGCACUCUUGUUUGACGACGAGCACCUCAAUGAUGAAAACGGAAAAAAGCUUGAUUGUGUCAUUAUAUCGCGCGAUUAUGUUUUGGACAAGCUCGACCUUUUCGCCCAUCAGACCCGGUACAUGCGGCGCUACUGA